AUGAAAAUAUCUGAUUGUACGACUACAUCUACAUUACUAAUACAGUCAUCAUUACUUUUAAAAACGAAUAAAUCAACGAAACCAUUCAAAUUUAAUCGUCGUCUAAAGAAUCGUAUGAAUACGUUGGCGAAGAAUUCAUUGCCAAAUACAAUGCGGAUGAAUAAUCAUCAGUUUGCUCCUAUGUCGUCUCUAUGGGCGAAUACUCAAGUAACUUCACCCGAUUCGACGGUAACACCAAUCAACAGUAGUCCUCCGUUGAUUAACACUUAUCCACUAUCAGUAAUAACUCCAUCUUCCAUCAAUCUCCAACAACAACAGAAUACAUCUAUGUUUUCAUCAUCGAAAUCAUUUACUGCACCUCGUGUAACAACUACGCUUGUGCCACUGAAUGUAUGUCCUACUGAAUGUUGCCAACCAGUAAAAGCAACACUAAUACCAUCAGUUAAUGUCAUAGAAGAUUAUCAUGAACAAAAAUCAACAAAAACUGUUACAACUCAUCUAAUUGGUGAUUGGAUAAUACGAGAAAGUUCGGAACCAUUUAAACGAAAAGAAAAUGAACGAACAGCACCAAUAGCGCGAAUCGUUCAACGAGAAAAAAUAAUCAUCGCUGACGAAACUCCUACGACCUAUUCAUUGUCACUGUCUCCCGUCAGACAGUGGACUACCGAUAAUGUUUGUUCGUUUUUCGAACAUGUUCUUGGAAAAAAUUGUUAUACACCGAUAAUUAAAGAACAUCUGAUCGAUGGAACAGCUCUUCUACUUUUAGAAGACGAACAUCUGACUACUAUUUUCAAAAUGCAAUUGGGACCUCGAUUGAAAUUACUUAAUCGUAUCGAUAAACUGAAAAUUGAUGGUGAUCUUUCCACACAUUGA